AUGGUUGAAUCAAUUAAAGCUGGUAGUAAGAAAACCAAUACACUAUUUUAUGGUUUUGUAUUUUGUACUGUUGUAAUCGUUCUUGCAAGUAUUUUAAUACAAACACGUAGUUCACCACCUGUAAACAAAUAUCUUUCUAAAAAAAUAUCAUCAAAAAAACCAUAUGAAACAUUUGAAGAAUUUUAUCUACAUUAUCUUCGUGAACAUAGUCAAAAAACAACUCGACAAUUUCAUUAUAUUGGUACAACUCUUGUUGUUAUAAGUUUUUUAGUAAAUCCUAUUCUGUUAAUUCCAAUAUUAGCUGGAGGUUUAUCUUCUUAUUCUGUCAUGCCAUUCUUUCGUCAUUUACCAAAUGGUUUAUAUGAAAUGGCUUUAUUUAUGAUAAUUUAUCUUAUUGGUGGUAAAUUAUUAACACGUUCAUUUGAAAAAGUAUUUCUACCACUUUUAUUGGGAUAUGGUUUUGCAUGGAUUGGUCAUUUCUAUUUUGAACAUAAUAAGCCUGCAACAUUUAUUUAUCCAUCUUUUAGUUUUAUGAGUGAUUUUCGAAUGAUGUAUGAUGCAAUCAGAGAACAAUUAUUUUAA